AUCUUUAAGGGGUUAAUGUCCUGCACCAAGGAAGCGGGGGCCAGUAGUUCCGGUCAGGAGACCCACAGGGCACAGGAGGAAAUGAGCAAAAGGCGAAGGAGGACGAGCGGCAGUUUGCAGAAGCGUUCUUCCGUGGCGCACGCUCACGCAGGCAUGGCUCCUCUCCUCUUCCUCCUCUCCUUCCUCCUGGCAGGUUCCCAUGGCGACGUUGUCACGGUGAAAAACCUGGUGGUGUUGGAGGGCCGGUCAGUGACCGUGCCGUGCCACUACGAGCCGCAGUACGCCCGGCACGUCAAGUACUGGUGCCAGGGAUCGAUGUACACCUUCUGCUCCCGCCUGGCUCGUACGGACGUGGCCCAGCCCGCCGACGCAAGGGUGUCAAUCACCGAUGACCCCGCCCAGCAGGUGUUCACCGUGACGAUGAGUGGCCUGCAGGAGGCGGACUCGGGCUGGUACUGGUGUGGGGUGGAGGUCGGGGGUAUGUGGAAGGCUGAUGACGCCAUGUCCGUCCAAAUCACGGUGUCACACGGUAUGUCAGUGGUGAACAGCAUGGUGGCUGGCGAGGAAGGGGGAAGUGUCAAUGUCCAGUGUCUCUAUGGCAGCAGACACAGUGGGAGCAGUAAGAAGUGGUGCCGCAGCGGGGACUGGGGGUCCUGCCUGGAGGUCUCCUCCAACAGCACGCGGGAGGCGGGCCCGGUUCUCCUCAGCGACGACGGGGCGGGUGCGUUCACGGUGACCGUGCGGGCGCUGGAGCAGGGCGACGCCGGCUGGUACUGGUGCGUCACCGGGCAGGAGCAGGUCUCGGUUCAAGUCGCUGUCACUUCGCGAUCCACCACCCAGCGCACCCUGAGAACGAGUCUGCCCCUUAUGACAUCACUUCCUGUUGAUCCUAAGGAGGCCUCAACUUCUCUGGCCACCACUAGUGUGCGCACGGCCAGCCAGGAACGAAACUCACCGAGUCAUGUUUUUGGGUCCCCGUUGGUAAUCGGUGGGUCGCUGUUGCUUCUGGUGAUUGUUGCCGUGGUUACCUGGAAGACCUGGUGCCAUUACCAGAGGAUACGCAAGAGAAGAGACAUGGGUGGAGCAGAGCUGACCUUCUCUCCACACCCAGGCAGUGAGAAUGACCAAAACAAAGGCGGUGUCAUCUUCUUCCAGUCCUCUUCCCCACAGCAAGUGCUCUUGCUCUGACCACAGUUAUGGCAAAGUGUCAUUCUGACCCCGCCUUCCUGAAUCCAGGCCCCGCCUCCCUGAACCCAAGCCCCGCCUCCUUAUGCGCAGACCCCGCCUUCCUGAACCCAGGCCUCGCCUCCCUAUAUGCAGACCUCACCUUCCUAAGCCCAGUCCUCUCUUCCUGUGCUCAAACCCUGCUUACACACACACACACACAGGACACAUUUUUAUGAAUAUAUUUUAGCAUUUGUGAUGCCUAGAGCAACACACCCUUCCUCAUACAUGCAACAGAAAUGGUGCAACAUGCAAUAUAUAUAUGCUGCAUAUAUGCUAUUAAUGUUGAGUAAUUCUACAUAUAUGCUAUUAAUGUUGAAUAAUGCUACAUAUAUGCUAUUAAUGUUGAAUAAUGUUCAGAGUAUAUGUCAAAGACACAGGUACAGUUCCAGGUACAGAUAAAAUAGUAACUGUUAAACACUAACAGAGAAAAAGCAAAUGGCAUUUCAUCCUUUUAAUUAACUGCUGUGCUUAUAUUUAGAUGUGCAAUACAGUACUUAAUCCAUUUUAUUUUGUUAUAUUAUGCUUUUUACAUUAAUAUAUGGUUCACAGAUCUGCGUCAGGCCACUGAGAUCUAGUGGCUUUUAUCUUUUUUAUUGAAAAUUGUUAACAAAAAAAGCGUUCUGUCUAUCAUCAUUGCAAAUUCUGCGUGAACCACCAGGACAAAUGAUGAAUUUUGACUGCGUCUCCAAUUCUGUCCACUGGGAGGCGCUGUGGCAUUACAAAUGCAGGAAUGAUGCGUUAAGGCUGCUGUUGGCAAGACGCGAUCCCUGGGCCAAUCUUGGCGCUGCUCACAAAAUGUGACUUCAGAAAGAAUUUAAAAUAGUAUUAGACACAAUUCUAGUUAGUGUGUCAUUAAUUGAACAGUAUAAUUGUAUGUUGUCCUUUUUAAUAUGUCUUUCAUUUUUAAAUUUUUAAUUUAAUUUUGCUUACUUUAUUCUUUAAUAUUUACACAUUGUAUUCAAAGCUUUGUACCACAAUGUAUUGAUACCCUACAUAUGUAAUGUGUAAAUAUUUAUUUUUACACGAUUAUUCGUUUGUACUGGUUAAAUGCACUCAAGUUUCUGGCCCAAAUACCCUUUAGUGGGCUCUGUGUAAAUGGAGAUUGAAGCAGCUAAUUGAUGUAAAAUCUUUAGAAGGACGGUACCACAGAUUCUAUAAACCCACCAGAUGUUCAGCUCCAUUGUUUUCAGCGAUGAGCCAGCGAGCUGUUGGUGACACCAUCGCCACGAGGUUCACGGGAAGGCGGGGCCUGCACUCUUGCCUGUCAAAGGGCACAGAGAGGAUUUGCAUAAUCUAUGCACUGCCUUUGACCAGGACUGGUGUGAUUGGUGCGUUUUGGCGCUAAUCUCUAAGGCUAGGUGUCGCUCCUGUGCUGUGCAGAAGCUGACCCUAACCCCUCUGUGCUUCGGGAUGAUGAAGCUGUAGGUGACAUUAUCACCUGUGUCGGCAGAAGUCUUGAAGCACACACACACACACACACGCACACGCACACACAUAUUUGCACACACACGCAUAUACACUCACAUGUACACACACACACACACACACACACAUGAAAACAGGCACAUUCGUUCACAUGCAAACACACAUUUACACCCACAUUAUGAGUUGGGAUCCCAUUUGAAAUGUGGCUGGCCAUUUCCACAUGCAGUUUACUGGUCUGUAAUUUACACAGUGGUUUAGAAAACGCUAAAAAACACAUGCUUUGCUCUCCAAAACCGCUUGUCUGGUCGUCACUGUUCGGUACUGUGCAGUACUGACACAGGAAAUACUGUCCUGAGAGAAACUGUGCAAUACUGACACAGGAAAAUGCUGUCCUGGGAGAAACUGUUCAGCACUGACUCAGGAGAAUACUGUCCUGAGAGGAACUGUUCAGUACUGACAGGAAAAUUAUACUACAUUGUGAAACAGGGCCCAGCGUUGCAAAAUACCCCCCAGAUCUAAAAACACAUCCAAGCUCAGGUAUUCCAGGGUCUGAAACAGACUCACUGUGUUCAGUUGUACACGUCUUCUCCAAGCCAGUCGAUUUUCUGAGAAAAGGGGAAGAAAGACAGGACUUUGAGUUCUGAGUCCGCUCGAAUCACUCAGCUUCUGCUUUCUGCACAUACAAAACACGCUUUCAGAAAAUGCCUCUGCAAAUGAAAUAAUAAGGAGUUUGUGGAAUAUAAUAAAUAAUAAUAAUUAGAAUAA